AUGUUACUUCCUAAUGUCAUUCUAGGAAUGGCAGCUCUUGUAACGGAUGGGGUAGAGGCAUGGCGAGAGAUGGGACAGACUCUUUACGUCCUAUUUUUUUUCUUUAGAGGUAAGAGCCAUCGAAAGUUUCCUCUUUCCAAAAACUUUCUUGCCGCCCGAAGGGAGAAGCCUCUUGAGAAGCGGUGCCGCACCCUGAAAGCUACUAAUAAUAUAGGUAAAGGAUUUCUCGCAGGAAGUGAUACUUCAGGCAUUGCAUUUGACAAGACGGAUUUCUUAACAACCGAAGAUGAGACAUAUAGUUCAUGUACUAGCAAUGCCAGAAACACAAAUAUAUGCAAUAGAACUGAAGCUAUGUGCGAAUCUGUGGACACCAACAACGAUAGCUCUGAAGCAAAUGCACUCCAAGAAGUGCAAUUACUUAUGUCGAAUGGUGUCAAACGUAAACCAAAGCCUAUGGAAGCUGCAAGUAAAAACGUCAGUCAGAGUAAUGCAUGCAAAGACGGUAACUCGGCUAUAACAAUCCAACGACGUGUUCUUCUUGGUAGAAAGGGUGAGCAUCAAAUGUGGCUGGGGGAAGUUUUGGGAUCUAUUCUUGUCCCUUUUGACUUUCCAUUGAAUUACUCCAAAACUCUACACACUCUUGUUAGUUGUGUUAUUGGACCUAUCCAGCAGCCUAGCGUCUCUACGCUUCCAACGCGCCACCCUACACCACAAUGGCCACCACACUAUGUGAGGAAUAACAAUGCCGCAAACACCUCUAUUAGCAAAGUCUGUGUGAUACCACCAGUGCCCUCAACUGAAUAUAGCGAUCGCCGUUUGGAGAUGCAAGGUGACACUAACUCUAGUGCUGCGGAUGGUUUUACUUCAUCGUCGGCAUGGUGUCCUCAGCAGCCGUUUAGGCAGGCAUCCAAUGUAGUUUACCGCCGUGAGAGUUCCCGAAAGCUGGACUUUCGUCCUAGCCGAGCAUUUCCAACUCACCCUAUCGCCUCCAUCACUGCUCACCACGUUCUUUCUUAUCAGGCCACAAGGCAAAAAGUGUUGGUGAUGGAUCUUGAUGAGACUCUAUGCUAUGUAUCGACCUCGACAGCUAACAUGAUUGGCCCACCUACAUUUUCCGAGGUCAUCCCAACUGCUUCCGGCGCAGAGCUUUUUCAUGUCUGGGUGCGACCUUACACUCGGAUCUUCUUGACCACAAUGGCCAAGUUAUUUAAUAUUGUACUCUUUACGUCAGCAUCGAAGCCGUACGCGGACACUAUCCUGAGCCGAAUAGACCCAGAUCAUAUCGUGAAAGGACGUUACUAUCGCCAGGAUUGUCGCAUUUUUCCACGUGGUGCGCUGGCUAAGACUUUAUGUGGACGGCAGCGUGCAGGCACAGCGACAUGCAGUGCGUUCGGUAGAAAUACUUCUGAAAAUAAUACACACAACUCUUGCACCAUCGGGGACAGGAUUUUUAUUCCCUCUGCAGCUACGGGCUUUCUUGGCGCGACCUCCUGCGCUGACAAGGAUGACAUAAAUCAAAGCUUCAGGCCAAGCUUCAAUGAGAAUACCAAAGUUCUCAUCAAAGACCUCCGAGUGUUGAAAGUGCCUUCAGAACUAUUGGUGCUGAUUGACAAUUCUGAGGAGUGUACAUUACUAAAUCGUGACAAUGCUCUUAUUAUUAUGCCGUAUAUUCCUUCCAUGGACCUCCAGAAGGCUUCUCGUAAGGUGAAUAGCGAGUGCAACAGUAGUAGUGAUACCUCUAGUGGUAUUGGAGCGGGAAUCGGAAUUCUGGGAUGCGGUGAUCCGGAGGAAGACGAAGUGCUUCUCAGUCUCAUUCCAUUUCUGGAGGCACUGCUUGUGGUGCCAGAUGUACGAUCAGUUCUUCGUCAUGGAAAGGUGUUCUGA